AUGUCUGAAGUUGGAUUGGAUGACGAACAACACAGCCUUAUUGGACAUAACCUUGGGAUUCCACUUGAGCAGAGCGAGAUAGUAACUCCUAACCAGACACCUCAGCAGUUACAAUGGCAACCGCCAAACAUUGAGCAAGUUGUAAACAAUGACUUGUCUCAGCAUCCAACUUCAAUGAAUGUUGUAUCACUUACUCCGAGCAUGACAGUUGAAGAGACACAAACACAGCCAUUUGCUAACAUCAAAUGGACCGCUGACAAUAAGUUUAAAUAUGCUUUUUUCGCGUAUGGAGCAUCAAUUGAGGGUUGGAAACACUGCAUACCAGUAAUGAUGGUGGAUGCAACCUUCUUGAAAUCAAAAUACCGCGGUGUGCUCAUGAUAGCAGUAGCAAAAGAUGGAAACAACAGCAUAUUUCCUCUCGCAUUUGGUAUUGCAGACUCUGAGAAUAAUGAAUCCUACAGGUGGUUCUUCAGACACGUGAAAAAGGUGUUUGGCACGCGCAAAGACCUAUCAAUUCUUUCCGAUCGCCACUCGUCAAUUGCAACUGCAAUCAAAGAACUGUAUCCAGAUACCCAACAUGGAAUAUGCAUCUACCACAUGGAGAAGAACUUGCAGAAAUAUUUCCCAUCCGAAGUGAUCCUAUCACUGUUCUACAAUGCAGCAACUACCUACAAACAGGCAGAGUUUCGUACCUAUAUGUCACAGAUACAACAAAUCGACCCAAAAGCUGCAGAAUACAUAGAAGAAGAACCACCGGAAAGAUGGGCACGUUCAUUCCACACCAACAGGCGUUACAACAUGCUCACAACAAACAAUGUCGAGACAAUGAAUUCUGUAUUGAGGAAAGCAAAGGAGUUGCCAAUCAUGGCAUGUAUUGAUUACAUCCAGAACAAGCUGCAAAAUUGGUUUUACCAGAGAAAAUUUGACGCAACAGGACCGUCCCAUGACCUGACAUGUUGGGCUGAAAAGAUUCUGCUUGAAAAGAUAAGUAGAGGCUUCACAAUGAAAGUAGAAAACAUAACUCCCGUCAAAUUUGUUGUGAAAGAUGAAAGAUAUCAAUACAAUGUAGACCUGAAGAAUAUGACUUGUGAGUGCUUGGAGUUCCAAACUGACGAGUUACCGUGCACACAUGCCAUGGCAGUUAUAGACAAAAGAAGUUUGCCAAAAUCUACAUACUGUGCGGACUGGUAUAACAGUUUUUGCCGGGGAAAAUGGCAAAACAAAAUUGGUAUCUCAAAGACUACAUCCUGGUAA